AUGGCAGAAGGACGUGCACGUGCUGGAAAUGAUAUGUUCAUAACAUGUAAUGUUGGUUGUAAACCAAAAACAAAUUUAAAAUCUGGAAAUAAUUUAAUAUGUGUUAGAGAAAGUUUCCAGGGUAUUAGUUGUAGAACUCAAAAAAAGUAUGGAUGUGGUGUUGGAGAACAUACUUUAAAAGAUUAUACUGGUGAAAUUGUUAGUUCAGCCUUAACACAAGGAUGUUUUUCAGAAAAGGAUGAAAUAAUAUUAAAAAAACAAAAUGUUGAUAUUAUUAAAAUGAAUAAUGAAGGAGAAAUGAAAUUAGACACCGGUAAAAGAUUUAUGAUUAUCAAUGGAAAAAGAUGCAAUGAAAAUAAUUGUAAUAUUUUUGCUGAUUAA